AUUUGAUGAAAAGGAGAAUGUGUCAAACUGCAUCCAGCUGAAGACUUCAGUUAUUAAAGGUAUUAAGAACCAGCUGAUAGACCAGUUUCCUGUUAUUGAACCAUGGCUAAACCAAAUUAUGCCAAAGAAAGACCCAGUCAAAAUAGUAAGAUGUCAUGAACAUAUAGAAAUCCUCACUGUGAAUGGGGAGUUGCUGUUCUUCAGACAAAGAGAAGGGAUUUUUUACCCCACACUAAGGUUGCUUCACAAAUACCCUUUUAUUCUGCCACAUCAGCAGGUUGAUAAAGGCGCCAUUAAGUUUGUACUAAGCGGAGCCAAUAUAAUGUGCCCUGGCCUGACGUCUCCUGGAGCAAAACUGUACCCUGCUGCUGUUGAUACUGUGGUUGCAAUAAUGGCAGAGGGCAAACAACAUGCAUUGUGUGUGGGAGUAAUGAAGAUGUCAGCUGAGGACAUUGAGAAGGUCAACAAAGGGAUUGGUAUUGAAAAUAUCCACUAUUUAAAUGAUGGCCUUUGGCAUAUGAAGACAUACAAGUGAAGCAAACAGAACUGUUACUCCAAAGGAAUGCACUUAGAUUAAAUGUGGACUGCUUUGUAAUUCCUUGUUUUUAAUGUGACUGAAUGUACAAAUUAUUUUGUUCUGUGGCUAUGCUAAAUAAAUCAAGUGAAUGCGAAAGUA